AUUCUUUUGUACCCCUAAAAUAGGUCGUCUACAAAUAUUAUGACUUGAUAGGAUAACAUAUAUAUUAUAAUUGAACAUAUACGAGUCGUAAAUAACUAGCAUAAAGAAAUAAAUAUUUAGAAAAGGUCAAACGUUCGAGAUGUGACUGGUCCAUUGCAUCUGAAAAGCAAUUCGCACAAAUGUUUUGUAACAACAGCACGAAACCAUACGGUCAGAGAAGACUGAAAGGGGGACAAGAGACGACAAGCUGAGCAUUCCUCUGGGUCACCGACAACAAUCAUUUAAUAUCUGGAUGGAUCGAGAGUUCCGCGGGUGUGUUUAUCGGCAAUGCUGCAUAAUCUUAUUUGUAAAAUGCCCCGUCAUCCCAUGUUUGGCCGUUACCUGAGCACAGUGGGCUUUCCACCAGCUCAGAUUGUUUACAACCACUGGAGACACUGGUAUCAGCCUAGUCAUUUAUGGUGGACUCAACCACCUCACUGGCAGCAUCCCUCUUCCUCCUUCAGCACUGUAAGACACCUCUCCAACAGGCCCCCGAGACCUCCGGAUCCGUACAACUGGAGUUCCUGGGGACGAUCUGAAGUAUUGCCACACAUUCAACCCAGACAAGGCGUUCACUUUUCUGCAUUUCUGAUGGACCGCUCUGAUCGGGAGCCACCUCCAAAGAGGAGGAAGAGCGCUGAUGGGAGGCCGGGAGGGGAAAGAUCUCAACGCUCGCCCGAAUGUAUACCUCCAAAUGGCAGCAGGAGUCCAAAGGGAAGUCCUGAAUGGCUACAAAGUGUAACCGGUGGUACAGUGCCUCCUGGGAAAUUUCCUUCGAGCCCAGAGAGGACUGCAGCCAGACCAGAGUUGAAGAGACAAUGGGAGGAUCUUUCUCAACUUUGUAAUGCUGCAUCUGCGAAAGAAGGGAAACAAAAAUUGCCAUUUGAUUUUUCUGUGAUGUCCUACAAUAUCCUCUCGCAAGACCUGCUCUGUGAUAACACGUACCUUUACAGACAUUGUAAUCCUCCCGUUCUGGACUGGCAUCAUAGGUUUUCAAACAUCAUCAAAGAGCUGGAACAACACAGUGCUGAUAUAAUGUGCCUGCAGGAGGUGCAAGAGGACCACUAUCAACAACAAAUCAAACCCUCGCUAGAAUCUUUAGGCUACCAUUGUGAAUACAAGCGGAGAACGGGACUUAAGCCUGACGGAUGUGCUGUGGUCUUCAAACGUGAGCGCUUCUCUUUGGUCUCCUGUCAUCCUGUGGAGUAUUUCCGGCGUGGCAUCCCUCUCCUGGACCGUGAUAACGUGGGCCUGAUUGUUCUGCUGCGGCCCGUUGACCCUCAUAGCUCUCUCACCAACGUCUGUGUGGCCAACACACAUUUACUGUACAACCCUAGGCGUGGGGACAUUAAACUGGCCCAGUUGGCUAUGCUGCUGGCAGAGAUAACCCGGGUGGCCCAGUUAGCAGACAGCAGCGUCUGUCCUGUGCUGCUCUGUGGGGAUUUUAACUCCAUUCCCUGGUCUCCCCUGUAUCGCUUUAUAAGGGACAGCAGACUGGACUAUGAUGGCAUAACUAUUGGGAAGGUGUCAGGACAGGAGGAGAACCCAAGAGGACAGCGUGUUCUAACUGUGCCAAUUUGGCCCAAAUCUCUGGGCAUCUCUCAGCAGUGCCAGUACGAAAGCCAAACAACAGAUUCUGAUUCAAAGGAUUUGGAGCAAACAGAACUGGAUGGUUUCACUGAGCCCAGCAUAGAGCACGGUUUAAAGCUGACCUCUGCGUACUCCCACUAUCUUAAAGAGAGCGGUCAGUCUGAGAUCACCACAUGUCACUCUCGUACAGCCAUCACCGUCGAUUACAUCUUCUACUCCGCAGCUCAGGGAGAUGUGAUGGCUCAAGCAGAAUGCAGUGUGCCACCAGAGAAGGGUCUGCAGCUGCUGGGCAGGUUAGCUCUGGUGGGGAAAGAUGAACUUAAUGAGGUUAAUGGCCUUCCCAACCAGAAUAACUCCUCUGACCACCUGCCGCUUUUGACACGCUUCCGUCUAAACCCUUGAGCUGAUGGCUGACGGAAUAAAAAGUGUUUGCGAUGAUCCUACAGCCUUUAAAUCCUUUUGUGGCCAGAAGAUAAAUUGUUUAACAAACUCACAGUACAAUGUAAACCUUUUUUUUUCACACCAGCAAAGGAAUGAUUCACAGAUUCUCUUAAAGGAAUAGUUCACUUAAAAAUGAAAAUUCGGUCAUCAUUUACUCACCCUCAAGUUGUUUCAAACCAGUAUGAAUGUCUGUUUUCUGGUGAACACAAAAAAGUACCAAACAGUUGAUUAACUUUUUAACUUCCAUGGUUUUUUUUCCCCCUCAUACUAUCGAAGUCAAUGGGGUCCAUCAACUGUUACCGACAUUUUUUAAAUAUCUUCCUUUGUGUUCAACAGAGGAAAGAAAUUUUAGUUUCUUUUUUUUAAAGUUUUUUAGAAAACUUUAGUGAGAGUAAAUGAUGACAGAAUUUUCAUACCUGAUACCUGAUUUUUCAGUUGAUUAUGGGGGCAUUCAUACUAUACCCAAUACAUUGGGGAUGUUUUAUUGUGAAUUUUGGCAGCUUUGAUACUAAGCAAGCCAUUUCAUGAAGAUGUUAAUAUUUUUUUAUUUUCAAGGUUUUACAAGCUAUCUGUUUCAGACCUGCAUCAUAUUAAAGAUUAUAAUAAAAAAGAAUUUUAUCUUAAAGCUGUUGAACUUA